AACCGAAAACUUACGACUGAUAUGAAAUCAAUGAAUUCUUGAAUUUUUCACGUCAUAUUAGUUGGUCGUCUCAAAAAUUUUUCUUUUUCAGUAUCUAAAUUUGUUUAAAAGUUGCUCAUUAUUACUACAAUGGAGACUUCUUAUCAAGGAGGUGUGGCAGGCGAUGAAGACGACAAUUUCCAACGAUUGUCCCAAACGAUUGCAAGCAAUGUGAAGAAAAUCUCACAAAAUGUGUCAUCAAUGUCGAAGAUGGUCAACCAGCUGCAAACACCGCAGGAUUCCCAAGAGCUUAGGAACCAGCUGCGUCAAAUCCAAAACUAUACACAGAAGCUGGCUAAAGAUACAUCUACUAUUCUGAUGGAAUUGAUGAAGAUGCGGGUCAACCAAUCCGCACAGAAGCUGCAACGGGAGAGGCUGAGUGAUGAAUACAUCAGCACUCUUAACACAUUCCUGGCCACUCAAAAGCUAGCGGCUCAAAAGACGAAGGAAGACAUUCGUAAAGCCAAGGCCCAGACGAUCAAUAUCGCGCCCCCUGCAAGCACUAAUAGUAACAAGGAUCCAUGGUCCGAGAUGGGUGAUUCAAACCUGCGUAAACAAGAGCAGCUGACAAUGCAGACUGAACGCGAAUUGCAAGAGUUGGCAGAACGCGAGGGACAUAUUCGUCAACUUGAGAAUGAUAUUAUGGACGUGAACCAGAUUUUCAAAGAGUUGGGUACCAUGAUCCAUGAUCAGGGCGCUGUGGUGGAUUCCAUUGAGUCCAGCGUCGAAUGCGCUCUCGACAAUGUUGAGAACGGCACCCAGGAGUUGCGACAGGCUGCUAAUUACAAGAAUAAGAUCCGGAAGAAGAAGGUGUACUUGGCUAUCAUAUUGAUAAUAGUAAUAUCCAUCAUAUUGAUUGUCCUUUUUAAUCAUUAAAUU